UUGUCCUACCGGUCCCCAAACGGACUCAAAAUCCCGCCAGCGACCGAAACGGCGACAGCCAAGCAUCCAUCACUUAGGCUUUGUUCCUCUUUCUCUCUGAUCUCUUCAAUGGCGGAGAACGGAGGACCCUCCUUGAGGAUCCUGUGCCCUAAGAAGAGGCUAGUUUUUUGCAGGGAUCCUGCCAUCUAUUGGUUGAUCGGUUCUCCUCUCUUCUUUCCCCGUUUCACCAUCAUCUCAUCUUUCCGAUGCCUCCACUCCCUCCCCGGUGAUCCCUUGUCCCCCGACUUCUCCCGAGAAGCAGAUGAUCUUAAGACAUUACUGUUGAGAGGAUUUGAUCUCAUAGGUGUGUUAAUUGUCUCUGAUGGUCAAUUAGAGGAAAAUUCUAGCAGAGCAAUAGCGACCUCUUUGAAAAUGAGAAAUUUUCUUUUCAAUUCUCAAGAAGAGUAUGAUAUGAUUGGUGCCACUUCUGAUUUGGAGUCCGGUGAAAUUCACUUUUUCUUCUCUGAAACCACAAAGCAUAAAAGUAUUCAAGCUUUGAGCAAUAUUAUAUAUGAAGCUAGUCCAGAAAAUUACAUAUGGGACACUGGUUGCCUUUUGAGGUGUGAGCUGGAAUUUAAGAUGCCUGUCUUCAUUCCUGUGAGCAGAGUGUCAGAUGCGGAUGAUAUACUUUCGUCCUCCAUCACUGCUGUUGCUGCUAAAUUUAAAGAUCCUAAUGUUGCAUACUUGAUUGAAAUGCCAAAUGUAACUGCUGAGGAAUCACCCCUUUCAGUUGUAUUGCAUGGUUCGGGUCUAGAUUUUAACCUUUCCAAAAGCAUGCCAAGCACUGAAGGGUCCAAUAUGCAAUCUCAAAUUUGUGCUGACUUCUGCUCAAAAGACAAUUGCAUCUCAUCGCCCAAUGGAGGAGAGAGUGCAGAUACAAUCCAAGUAACUAUUUUCUACAAGCAAACAAGGAGAAUUGCAAGUUCUGCUGCUCCUUCUGCACAGUAUUAUCCAGUAUCAGAACCAACUAAAGCUGGGUCUAUCAGUUUCAAGCUAGAUGUGCUCUGCUACGCAUCAAAAGACUUUCCUUUGGCUGAAGCUGUUUCUAAAUUGCUUGUACCUGGUUUAACUGAUCAGCUACUUAUUAUGAAAAGUGCUAUUAUGCCCAAGCUUCUCUCACAACAUCCACAGAUACGUCCUUAUCACUUCUUUCCCUCUGGGCUCCUACAUCCAAUAACAGCUUUAUAUGAACUUACGUAUGGGGAGAAUGAGGAAAAACAAGGUGACAUUAGAAAAUCUUUACAUUCCAGGUUGGGUUUGCCCUUGGACCGUCCUCUCUUGCGCAUUGUGAAUGCAUUAACUUUUGGCAUCAAUGGAAGUGAGGAGGGUAACUUAAAAAAAGUUGGUUCUCUCCUGCUCAGGGAUGUCCACACUGAAAUUGCAGGAAGUGGGGUUUCUGGAGGUUUCACUUUUUUGAUUGAUGGAUCAUAUGAGUACUACCAUUAUCUACAUGGUGGAAUCGAUGACAAUGGCUGGGGAUGUGCGUAUCGCUCUCUGCAAACUAUCAUAUCAUGGUUUAGACUACAGCAUUAUACAUCUGUUGAAGUUCCUUCACACAGAGCAAUUCAGCAGGCGCUUGUAGAAAUUGGUGAUAAGGAACCUUCAUUUGUUGGUUCCCGUGAAUGGAUUGGGGCUAUUGAAUUAAGCUUUGUUUUGGACAAACUUCUUGGUAUCACCUGCAAGAUCAUGAAUGUGAGGUCUGGGUCAGAGCUUCCAGAAAAAUGUAGAGAGCUUGCUAUUCAUUUUGAGACUCAAGGAACCCCUGUUAUGAUUGGUGGUGGUGUUUUGGCAUAUACCCUAUUGGGAGUUGACUUCAAUGAAGCAAAUGGUGAUUGUGCAUUUCUUAUUCUUGAUCCACACUACACUGGAAAUGAUAAUCUAAAGAAGAUUAUUAGUGGCGGAUGGUGUGGAUGGAAGAAGGCUGUUGACAGCAAGGGCAGGCACUUCUUCUUGGCCGAUAAGUUCUAUAACCUUUUGCUUCCUCAAAGACCAAACAUGGUCUGAUUAAAAGAAAUCUUAUAUUAUGACAAAAUGAAACAUGCAGUGCAAGUGGAACGGGACAACUCAGCAUACCAGAAUUGUUCCCUUAGUUAUGUCACCUUCUUCACUUUAUUGGCUCUUGUGGCAUGGCUCAUCCAGGUGAAGAUCAUUGAUUACAUUAUAUUUCUGGGGUCAGGCGAGAUAUCUAUAUCCGCGGCAGUUGAUCUAUGAGUACUUGGGGUUCCCUUUUAGUAAUUUUUCAGAAUGUAGCAUUGGUGCAAUGGGGUAAUAGUUGCCUUAUGCUUGUAUUAUAGACGGCGGAUUUCUGUUUUUCUUGGCUAAAUCUUAAACAUUUGAUUUGCCAAAGCAGCAACAGAUAAUUUAAUAGAUAACGGAAUGUGUGGGUUGGUCACCAUAUCAUGGCUCUUGGCCCCAGAGAAAGCAUCUCGGAAUGGUUGAGGAUUGUUUGUUGGAGUGUUUGGAAAACUAUUCUGUUUUGUGAUGAUCCUAUAUUGUUGGGAAAGUUAACUUUUAAAUUUUUUUUUUUUUAAUCA